CAUAAACUUUUUCUCCAAACACCAGAAUAACAACAACAACAACAUAGUAUUCUAGAAUCCUUAUUUGUUUUGUUGAAAAUGUUAAGAGGUUUCUUGAUUUCAUGCAUGCUGUUUUCUCUGUUUGUGUCAUCCACAUAUGCUCAAUCAUGCACAAAGUACAACUUUACAAGCAACCAGAUCUUCACUUCAUGCAGUGAUUUACCUUACUUGAACUCAUUCCUUCACUGGAAUUAUGAUCCUUCUUCUAAAACUGCGAAAAUCGCCUUUCGACACACUAAGAUUACCUCCUCAAGAUGGGUAGCAUGGGCUAUAAAUCCAACUGCUCAAGGCAUGGUUGGUUCACAAGCAUUAGUUGCAUAUCAAAAAUCAGAUGGAAAAAUGAGAAUUUAUACAUCUCCUAUCACAAGUUAUCAAACACAGUUACAAGAAGGGAAUCUGAGUUUUCCUGUUUCUGAUUUAUCAGCUACUUAUUCGAAUAACGAAAUCGCCAUUUUUGCUACAUUAAAACUUGAUAAAUUUAACUCUACAAUUGUAAACCAAGUAUGGCAAGAAGGUCCGCUUUCAGGAGAUUCUCCUGCAAUGCAUGAUACUUCUGGUAGCCUUCUUUCUGGACAAUCUAAAACUACUACUACUGGAGCUGCAAGCUCACAAUUUAACAAGAAAAAUCUUCAUGGACUGCUAAAUGCAGUGAGUUGGGGGAUCAUGAUGCCUAUAGGGAUCUUAUUUGCAAGGUAUUUAAAGGUGUUUUCAGAUCCUGCUUGGUUUUACCUACACUCCAUUUGGCAAAUCACAGCUUAUGUUAUUGGUGUUGCUGGUUGGGCUACUGGUCUUCAACUGGGGAGUGAAUCCCCUGGUAUUCAAUUUACUGUCCACAGAACUAUUGGCAUUGUCCUGUUUUCCCUUGCUACCCUCCAGGCUUCUGCAAUGCUUCUGAGGCCAAAAAGGGAUCACAAACACAGGAUUUACUGGAACAUUUACCACAGAUCAGUUGGAUAUUCAAUUGUUGUCCUUGGAAUCAUCAACAUAUUCAAAGGUUUGAACAUCUUGAAUCCUGAGAACAAAUGGAGAAUAGCUUAUAUUGGAACACUAAUUGGUUUAGGAAUCAUUGCUGCAUUCUUGGAAGUUAUUACAUGGUGUGUGGUUAUAAAGAGAAACAAAUCUGUUACAACUGUUGAGAAGAAUACACAAGGACAAGGUUUAUAUGAAACAAAUGGCUAUAAUAAUGGCUAUGGAAAUGGAACUACUAGGAUACAUUACAGAGUUUAGGCAUUGAAAUAUUCUUCUGUAUUGGAGAUAGUUUGAUUUGUCUAUUUAUGUAGUUCAAACUUGGAUAUGAUGCCAGAGGAAUAUUUAGAUAAAGAGCAUCAUGGGAUGUUUUUUUUUUCUUUUGUUCGGUUCGGGUUUUAUUUUCUUUAAUUUCAGCGGCUCCACCUUCUCAAGGUAAGGGUAAAGUCUGCGUACACAUUACCCUUCCCAGAGUUUUCUUGAAUUUCAGCCUCUAUACCUUCUCAGGAUAGGGGUAAGGUCUGCGUACACACUACUCUCCGCAGACCUCACCGCGGGCUUACAGUAGGUGGUGGUUGUUUUUUCGGUUCGAGUUUUAUUUUCUUGAAUUUGUUGUUGAUAUUUACAUAUGUACUUUAUUCCUUGUGCAAUAUAAAUCAGGGUGUUCUUUUUUCUC